UGCUCGUCUCUGAUAAAUGUAUAUGUAUUAAUCUGCAAUUGUACAAAAAAGCCCUGCACAUACAAAAACAUAUAUAUACGGAUAGGGGUUCAACACAUGUCCAUAAAUAAAGAAACUUAUAUCUUAUCACGAAUAAUACGUUUUACAAUCCGAACUGGACUGAAAACAAGGAAGCUAAGCUAUAGCCAAACGCAUUUCACUGUUGUCAACGAGAUGAAAGACACCACGCAAAUUCUGUCGCAACUGCGGGAACUGAUGCAGCGGGCUUGGGUGCCUGAGGCCAGUUCUUUGUCUGCCUAUAUUGUGCCUUCCGAUGAUGCACAUCAGAGUGAAUACCAAUGCCAACACGACGAAAGACGUGCAUUUAUUAGUGGCUUCGAUGGAUCUGCGGGAACAGCAGUAAUAACUUUAGAAAAAGCUCUGUUAUGGACUGAUGGCCGCUAUUAUCAGCAAGCGGAGAAGCAACUUGACGCCAAUUGGACACUAAUGAAGGAUGGAUUAACUACAACUCCAUCGGUAGGGGCUUGGUUAGCCAAGAAUCUACCCAAAGGCAGUGCUGUUGGCGUUGAUCCAAGGCUUUUUUCCUUCCGACUCUGGAAGCCGAUAGAAACUGAACUAAUUUCAGCUGAGUGCAGUUUGGUGCCCAUUGAGAAAAAUCUAAUUGAUGAAGUGUGGGGUGCCGAACAGCCACCACAAACUUCAAACUCCCUUAAGACCUUGGAUUUGAAAUUCGCUGGACUUACAAUUGAGGAAAAAUGGAAAAUUGUGCGCGAAAAGCUGACCGAAAAGAAUUCGGAUGUUCUAAUCGUUAGCGCUUUGGAUGAAAUAGCAUGGUUUUUAAAUAUGCGAGGAUCCGACAUUGAUUAUAACCCCGUAUUCUUCGCCUAUUUAAUUAUACGUCACGAGGAACUCUUUCUCUAUAUCGAUGAUAAAAAACUACCUCAGAAUUUCAAUCAGCAUCAAUCUGAAAACAAAGUAAAGAUCACCAUCAAGCCUUAUGCAUUUAUUGGCCAGGAAUUGUGUCAACUUGUGUCUACAACUAAGGGUAAAUUUUGGAUUGCGCCCACUAGCAGUUAUUAUUUGACAGCUUUGGUACCAAAAUCCCAACGCCAUCAAGAGAUAACCCCAAUCUGCUUAUUGAAAGCAAUCAAAAACGAUGUGGAAAUCAAGGGAUUUGUGAAUUCUCAUGUACGCGAUGGAGUUGCAUUGUGCCAGUAUUUCGCUUGGCUUGAAAAAAAGGUACAACAGGGAGAAGCAGUCGACGAAAUCUCCGGAGCUGAUAAACUUGAAUCGCUGAGAAGCACAAAGGAUAAUUAUAUUGGAUUAAGCUUUGCGACAAUAAGUGCUUCCGGACCCAAUGGUUCGAUUAUACAUUAUCAUCCAGCAAAAGAAACAAACAGAGCUAUCAAUGACAAGGAAAUUUAUUUAUGUGACUCGGGUGCUCAGUAUUUGGAUGGCACAACAGACGUGACACGAACUUUGCAUUUUGGCGAGCCUACCCAAUUUCAAAAGGAAGCAUACACUCGAGUUCUUAAAGGUCAAUUAACUUUCGGAGCAACAAUCUUUCCAGCGAAAGUGAAGGGCCAAGUGUUGGACACUCUUGCCAGAAAGUCGCUCUGGGACGUCGGUUUAGAUUAUGGCCAUGGCACUGGCCACGGUGUGGGUCACUUUUUAAACGUACACGAAGGUCCGAUGGGAGUGGGAAUUCGACCUAUGCCUGAUGACCCCGGUCUUCAAGCAAAUAUGUUUAUUUCGAAUGAACCUGGUUUCUACCAGGAUGGAGAAUUCGGAAUACGCAUUGAAGAUAUUGUUCAGAUAGUUCCAGCACAAAUUAAAAAUAAUUUCGCAAACCGUGGUGCAUUGACUUUCCACACAAUCACAAUGUGCCCAAAACAAACGAAACUUAUAAUUAAAGAGCUACUGACCGAUCUGGAGAUCAAGUUGCUGAACGAUUAUCACAAAUUGGUGUGGGAAACACUUUCGCCAAUACUUCAACAAGAAGGGGAUUCAUUUACUUUGGAAUGGCUGAAAAAGGAAACACAGGCAAUAUAAUAUCCUUCUCAAUACCAGAAUAUAGUCAAAUUCAGAUAGCUUCUUGAUAUCUUUACGGUUUGACUUUCGUUUGAUGUUUUGGAAUUUCAAGGAUCAAACAAAGCUUGAGGAAUUUACUAUGGCUGUUUAUCACUGCUGUAUACGCGAUUUGUUAUUAAUAAUACUAUAUCUUUGGAUGUUUAUAUAUACAACUGAAUAAAUAAAUAUUGUGCUUUACACAUACUUAAAUAGAAAGUC